AUGGCCUCUUUAAACUUCACUCCCUCCUACAAGGAAUCAGAAACUUUUUCUCUAGCCAGCAAGGCCUUAAAACUAACCACAAGAGAAGAUAUACAACCACAUUUGGAUGAUCUCGCCAAAUUAACCAAGAUCACCAAAUUGGACCUCUCAGGUAACACUCUCGGAACAGAAGCCUCUCUUGCUCUCUCUGAAUUCAUCUCCUCCCAUGACUCCAUUAAAUUGCACAUUCAAGAAAUCAAUUUCGCAGAUCUAUACACCUCGAGAUUAGUGGACGAAGUGGUCGCCUCAUUGCAUCAUUUAUUGCCCGUCCUACUCACAUGUCCUCAUUUGGAAAUAUUGAACUUGUCAGAUAAUGCAUUCGGUUUGAGAACCAUCGAAUCCCUGGAAUCAUAUAUCGCACAAGCGGUUCAUUUGAAACAUUUGAUCCUAAGUAAUAAUGGGAUGGGUCCCUUCGCUGGUGAAAGAAUCGGGAAGGCACUCUUCAAAUUGGCUGAGUUGAAAAAGACACAAAAGAAACCCAUGUUGGAAACUUUCAUCUGCGGGAGAAAUCGUUUGGAGAAUGGUUCCUCUUUGUAUUUGGCAUUAGGGUUGAAAAAUCAUGGUGAUGGGUUGAAAGUGGUGAAAUUGUACCAGAAUGGGAUUAGACCUCGUGGGAUAAUGAACUUGUUGCAUUACGGGUUACAAUAUAAUAAAAAAUUGGAAGUGUUGGAUUUACAAGAUAAUACUUUCACUGAAACGGCAUCCACUCUGUUAACUGAAUAUUUACCUCAAUGGCAAAAUUCAUUGGUUGAGUUAAAUUUGAAUGAUUGUUUAUUGAAGGGGAAGGGUGCUGAUAAAGUGUUUAAAGUUUUCCAAGAUUACAAGUUUGAAAAUUUACAAAGAUUGAAAUUGGAAUAUAAUGAAAUUGAACAGGAUACUAUUGAGGAAAGAUUAAUUCCAGCUUUGGAAAAUGAUCAUUUCCCAAAAUUGCAAAUUUUAGAAUUAAACGGGAAUAGAUUAGAUGAAGAUUCAGAGGCAUUAGAUGUUUUGCAAGCACGUUUUGAAGAAAUGGAAUUGGACGAUUUGGAAGAAUUAGAUAGUGAUGAAGAAGAAGAAGAAGAGGAAGAAGAGGAAGAUGAUAAGGAAACUUUCCAAGAAAUUGACAUUGAACCAUUAGAAAAGGAAUUGGCUGCAACCAAGAUAGAUGAUCUAGCUGAAGCAUUGUCGAAAACUACCAUUUAA